CGCAGAGCGGGCAACUGCCUGGCAGCACAUCAUCCACCCACAGAGCCAACGACAAGCACGGAUUCCACACCAGACUACAUGUAAUUCCGACUCGUUAUGCGGGUACUAUUUAUAAUGUUGCUCGGUCUUUCUCCCUGUGAAGUGCUCUCCUGAAUCCGGCCCCCUGACAUCCCAAGCCACACCAACAACUGCCUUGACUACAGCCUAUGCCGCCUCUCAUCCCACUUUAGCUCAGGUUUCGCUUGACCAGCGCGUCAAAGUUGGCGUUGGCCGCCGCCGUGAAGUCGUGGUUCCAGUACUGGUGGACGUCGUGGUACGGGAUGGCGCUGGUGUUGGAGCUCGGCUGCGACGGCGCCUGCCGGGCCGACGCGAACGCGAGCCGGUUCGUGGCCUGUGGCCGGACGUAGGUCGUGCCGCCGGUGCGGCCCGCGUAGGCAGUGCACCCGCUGCACUUGGCCGUGACCUGCCAGUGCGUGCCGUUCGUCCGCGUGCCCGUCCUGAGGACUUGGUAUGACGCGCCCACGUAGCUAGCAGGGGCCGAGUGCUGUCUACAGACGCGAAGCACCCAGGGAACUCGAGGGUCAGCAGACCGGCAGGAGAGGAGCUGUGGUUCUUGUUGUGGCGGCACGGAAUCACACUCACGUUGCCCAUCGUGACGAGACCACCACGUUUUGCCCGCUCGGGUACACCACCGUCAGCGGGUUGUAGGUCAUGGACCCGCCCCAGGCCAUGCCGACCCAGCCGAUCUCGCGCGGCGCCACGAUCUGCACCACGGCGUCGUAUGCCUCGUUGGCCCCCGCGCCGCUCGGCACCGCCACUCGGAUCUGGAUCGUGUUGGUGCCCAGACUGUACCGCCCGACGUACGACGAGAACGUGAAGCCUGUGUCGCGGUCCACCACGGUCGUCGUCUGGCCCGCGACGCCGUCUGCUUCCCUCGUCGGCCAUGUUUUGUCAGCUUCAUUCCCGCUUUCCGCACCCCGUUUGAGCCGACCACACGAGGUCCAAUCCCAUAUCAGAGCAUCUGCACCCACCAAUGCCCACCAUCGCGGCCGCAGCCGCCCACAGCACACUCGCGGUCCAACGCAUUCCGGCGAUUCAAAGGGCCUGGAGGAGAUGCUGGUUCUUCUAGCGGGUGCGGUGGGAAACAAAGGCCUCGAGAGUCGACCGCGCCGUGUUAGUGACGUCUCGCGAGAACUAUUCGGUGGCGAUAGCUAUCAUCUGGUGCCUGAUGAGACGGGGCUGGCUUGCUGAUAUUAUCUUUUUUUAUCCCGUCACACACAACGCAAACCUCGUGCGUCAAGCCCCGCCAAAAAUGGUGUCGAUUCCAGGGUGACAGCGAUGGCACCGCAACGCAUACCGUUUAGAUUACAGAUCGCUGUCUGUUGUCUCCUCACGUCCAGCAAUGUUUCCCCACUCUCCCCUUCCCCAACAUAGAAUUGCCGUGCCUGCGACGAGAGACAACCCGCUGGCCGAAAAGGAACGGAAUAAUGGGCGAUAGCCACCGUCCAGUACCUUUUGUCCGCAUUGCGUUGCUUGGCCCUUCGUGCUUGAGCAGUCAGUGCUGGACAGGUGCUCGGAGUCGUUCUGUUUUGGGUGGUAUACAGCAUCAGCCCCUAUCUCAGGGUAAUUAAAUUAUUGGGGUAGCUCGGAGGCGAGCAGCAUCCCAGUUCCAGCCAACCCCCAAAGAAGCACGUAUCCUUACAUAUUUAGCCGCAUAUUGCUCGUCCCCCUUUCUCGGAGCCUAAAUGAGAUACUCCAAGCUUGUCACUUACAGGUCAGGCGAGCCCACGUUUUCACGCUAUUGUGCGUGUUGCCUUCCAUGCUACCACAAUCCCGGGCUGGGCAUCAUCUAAACGGCAGGCGGCUGUCGCCACCGCCACCGGCGCAGUGCGGUCCAUGUCCGCCGUUCCCGUCCACACAUCAGCCCCACAGAGAAUGCAGUCUCUUCCUUGCCAGGGGGAAACCGUGCCUCGCAGGCCACGCGCGCCGUCGCAUUCGGAAGAACAGCAAAAUCCUACCCUCUGUUGGCCCAUCCACAGCUCCUUCGUACAGCUGGAGGGCCGGGUCCGAACAUUAUGGGAGGCCUAAAUAUAGCCACAUGGCCAGAAGUCGUCUGCUAUCAUCAGCCUCGAACAAGGUCCCUUUCUUUCCCACGGUGACCUCGGCCGUCGGCUCUCGAGAAGCACACAUUCAUCACGGCGGUUGUCUUGGCAGAGAAACACUCCUACAUUCUCAAAGGUUUGUAUGUACAUCCUCGAAGUCCCGGAUCGGAACAUUGCUGCCGACGGCGGAAAACAUGCCCGACACCCACCGCUCGUGUACCGGCUAACGAGAGCACUGCUAUUAUCUGCCACCCCCGGCUUGGCUGCCAUUUAUCAGCUGGCUCGGUAUAAAGAUAGAACCAGCGCGAUCGCCCAUCUUGGGUCCAUUCGCUCUGGGGGCUCCGGGGGCGCCUGGGUCCCGGCGGCGGCGCGUCCAGACCAUCCCCGCCCGCCGCGACGUCCUUUUGUCCUUACUGGGCGUGGCGACGUAGAUGUACCGGGCCGCCGCGCUGUAUCCAUCCACAGCCGGAGGCAACAGAAGCUCCAGCAGCUGAAACGUCUACGGUCCGUGCACUGCGAGGCUGCCGCCGCCGCAAAUCAGCAGCAGCAGCAGCAACAGGCCUACAACCUCCCCGCCCUCAUCCGGUUCACCCACGACUAUGCGCUGUCGGACGAUUCCAAAUGCCUCGUUUUGUCGAGCUUGUUCAAUCAUCUGGAUCUCCCUCUCGCGGGCAACAUCACUGAUCCGGAUGUCGAUUUUAGCGACCCGGAAGUGAAAGCGCGCCUUUUCGUUUCAGUGAAUGCCUUUGCAGAUUACUUGCUGCGGAACUUCUUUAUGCCGCUUAAGGCCGCUACGAAUAAGACUCCCCAGCUGUCUCCCAUCACGCAUUCCGCCGUCCAACGGGCCCAGGGCUCUUCUUUGCCCCAAUCCUUGGCUGGCACGCCAGAACGUCUCUCGGCUCUCCGCGGCACUUGCCUCGUGCGCGAUCGCCACCGCUGCGUUAUCUCACGCAAAUUCGAUGUUACCGAAGCCCUUAGGCGCCGAAAAGCCGCACCAAAGGAUGCCAGGGACGACGACGGCAGUAUAAUCGAGCCCCGCGACGUAACGACUUUGGAGGUUGCCCACAUCCUUCCGCAUUCGUUAACAAAAGCUCCAGACUCCCUGCUGCGAGAAAGGCUGCAUUGGACAUUUUGA